AUUGAUGCUCUACUCCAAUUUCACCACUUCCGGUCCAGAAAUAAUACAAAUUAAGAAAGCGAUAUCCCUUAAAUUUACUAAGGGGCCCCAUGUUCUGGGCGAAAAUACUGUAGACGAUGGCUUCAAGCAGUAAGACAAAAAAGCUUCCCCAAAUAUUCUGUCCAGAACAUCCUGAUGCACCUCUAGUCGAGGAUUACCAUGCAGGUGACAUGGUUUGUCCAGAGUGUGGCCUUGUCGUAGGUGACAGAGUAGUUGAUGUGGGAACAGAGUGGAGGACCUUCAGUAACGAUAAAACAGACAAAGAUCCUUCUCGUGUCGGUGCUUCAGAGAAUCCUCUAUUAGAAGGUGGAGAUCUGUCAACUAUGAUAGCAACAGGUGUCGGUGGCUCAGAGGGCGUGUUAGAUGAACAUGGGAAACCUAUGUACAGAAAUCGAAGAACUCUAAACAGUUCAGACAGAGCUCUAAUAAAUGCAUUUAGAGAAAUUGGACAAAUGGCUGACAGGCUUAACUUGCCAAGGAUGAUUGCAGAUAGAGCCAAUACGUUAUUCAAACAAGUACACGAAGGUAAAGCUCUAAAAGGUCGCAGUAACGAUGCCAUUGCCUCAGCAUGUAUGUACAUUGCCUGUCGCCAAGAGGGCGUUCCAAGAACAUUUAAGGAAAUCUGUGCUGUAUCAAAAAUCUCAAAAAAGGAAAUCGGACGGGUAUUCAAACUGAUCUUAAAAAAUCUGGAAACAAAUGUAGAAUUAAUUACCACAGGAGAUUUCAUGUCGCGUUUCUGUUCCAAUCUGGGCCUUCCAAAUUCGGUACAAAAGGCAGCAACUCACAUUGCCCGUAGAGCAGUGGAUCUAGAUCUGACACCAGGUCGUAGCCCUAUUUCUGUAGCUGCAGCUGCUAUAUACAUGGCCUCACAAGCCUCAGCAGACAAAAAGUCCCAGAAGGAAAUUGGAGAUAUAGCCGGUGUGGCAGAGGUAACCAUUAGACAGUCCUACAAACUGAUGUACCCUAAAGCUCAUCUACUGUUCCCAGAGGACUUUAAGUUUGUUACACCCAUAGAACAACUUCCAGCGCAGUGAUUAAGAGAACUCAGCGGGCAGAGAGGAACUGAGAGAAUAAUGUAAAAUUUGUCAGCAGACUCAUUUAAUAUUGGCAUAAUUUCAAGUUAUUUCAUUCAUACAAGAUCUUGUGUAAAUGUCCCUUUCCUUCUAGUAUACAUAUAUAGCCAUAUAAGUUAUAUUUUUUGCAAACUGAUAAAAAUUAUCUCUGUGGACCCUAGCUAGCUUGCUGGUGGGGAUUCAUCUCUUUUAAUUUGAUCAAUUCAUGUCUUACAUAAAAUCUGUGUCUAUUUUUGUCAUUUGAUGUUGGUUAAUUUGUUAUAAUGUAUUGUACAUUUUUAGGUUAAUAGUUCCUAGAUCAAGUGUUACAAUAUUUCUCUAAUAUUCCAUCUGUCUCAGAGACGGGCAUGCUUUGGCUAUCAAAGCCAUUUAGGAUUUUGAUAGAUUUACAUUUUGUAAGUCAAUCCAUGGAAAGUGUAAACUACUUAUAUGGACAUUAUUCUUGAGUUCGUAAAAUGUGUUGUUAUGCAGUACAUGUAUACUUGUGCUCUACACAAAAAAUUUCACUGGUGUGAUCAUUCAGAGUUUUCAUUCUUGAACUUUAUAAUUCAUUUACAAUCAUUUAUAAUUAAUCAAAUGUUAAAAGUCCAUUUCUUGAAAUGCAUGUAUAUAAUUACCACUAGUGAUAUGUUGAGCAAUCAAGUGAAGUACAUGUAUCAACUUUCAAGUAAAUAUUUUACAAUAAAAUUUGUGCUAGAUGCAUGUUAAAAAUAAAUGUUCAAACAAUCAAA